CAUCAUCGUCAUCACUAUUGAACGUAGGGUCACGUGCGAAUUUCCACUUUCUACGGUAACCAUCUCUAGUGCACCAUAGUGACCAUGGCUGGUGGAGGGGCAGAGUCGGCUGCGAGCGUACUGUCGUCUUACCCAACAGUGCGGCGCAUCCUUGCCGAGCUGCCCGUUCAAGACCUCUUCCGAUGCAUCAACUUCAACAGCGUCUGGGAAUGCGUCUGCCUCGGCAUUGUCCGAAGCAAGUUGGCAGCAUUAGUCGUAGCAUCUGAGAAGCAGUCAGAUCCUGAAGAUUCCCUUCCCAAUUUUCGUGCUAUAAUGAGUCACCAUCUGGAAAUCUGUGAGCGUGUUGGCAGAAAGCCAUCAUAUGUCAUCAUCUUCUUUACAGACGAGCUGGAUAUAACAGAAGUGUCGGAGCUCUGCGAGCUUUUCGGCGCGGAAACAUCAGUGGUGGCAGCAGAAGUACAGGACGUCCUGGUAUCAUCCACAUCAUCGGCAGACAUCUGCAAGCAUCACAUAUCGGCGGCACUCUUCUUCUCUACUGAGGAUGCUGUGCACUACCACUGCGACGUGACCUCGUACCUCAACUCGCCGGGUACCUCGGAUGAUAACAUAUGCCCAUGUUUGACACUCCGACGAGGGCAAUGCCAGAGGCUAGGACAGGCUGCUCGGCCUGUGCAUUAUGUCAGACGAGCUGACUUCAACGACCCUUGUACCGGAGAGAAGGUUCAGUUCGCCCUUUACUUCAGCGCCCUAUUCGUGCGGUCUCUAGCGUUCCUGGAAAAGGAGCAUUUACGGGACGUCGCCACUUGUACAUUUCGUACAAACUGUUUCAGGGUUCUUCAGCACCAGAGGUCCAGGAAGAACAACUCAUGCUGCCCAGUUUAUUGGGGUCUCAAGGGUGUCGGCCGCGAGAUAAGAGCAAAAAGCAUAAAAUUCUCACCGCACCACACAAUGGCACAGAUAGAGCGACGACUGUGCAGGUUCCGUGCAGCCUUCGGUGCCACGAACAACGCUGUGGCCCUAGUAUUUCAAGACGCUCAGAUAGCCGACGAUGAAGUCGCCCGAGUGAUUCGAAAGGUGUUCCCGCAAGUUCCACUUCUUUCGGUUUCUGGAAGUUUAAUGAUGGACUUGAACAGGACAGAAGCAUUCUCGUUGCUGCACCUCGACGCGACUUCGACUUUCAUAUCUAAGAGCGUUGUGCUGAUGGUAAUUGCAUUUUGAGUUUUUGUAGCAGUUAUGGCGUGCAAUGAAUAUUGUUUACUUUA